AUGGCAGGAGGAGACGCAGUGACAGCUCGAGAGAAGAUGCAGAAGAUGUCGAGGUCGUCCUUCAAGCGCAAGUGUGCAGAGAAUGGAAUCGUUGUCCCCCUCAAGGCCCUGGAGAGGAACAUCGCCAGGUCGCCGGCCAUUGCGCGGGAGGUUCUGGCGUACAGGACGAGGAACAAGCUGAUCACGUAUCGUCAGGACACUGCGGACACCUUCACUGCUGUGAUCGUCGUGCACGACGGUGAACGAGUAGAGGCAGCAGGGGAUCCCUCCUCCUGGCCCCCCCACACCAUCGAGCGGGUCCUGAAGGGAGAGCUCUUCCUUGCUCAAGCUCGGCUCGGGUACGGGAGGGAAGGCAUCACGUUGGGGAGGAGGAAGGGGGGCAGGACAUUACGGCUGAGAGGGAUGGAGAGCCUGACACUUAGCCGAGAGUUCUGUGAUGAGCUGAGCCUCCAGCUCGAGUCCAGCAGACGGCCUCCGAUGAGUUUGCGGGGGGAGGCUAAGGAGGAGAGGGCAACGGGAGCUCUUGAGCACGAUGGCGUGGUGGAGGCGGUGGAGGCCGGCAGGACUUGCAACGGCGACGUCAGCAAAGGGGUUGAAGCGGGAGGGCCACGAGCCAAAGUGAUGGUCAACGGGCGAGAUGUGGAGCAUAACAACACUCAGCACAAGGAAAAUCCCUCUCUUGCGGCAUGUGUGAUCCUUGUGCUGUUGGUAAUCGGGCUCUACUGGAUUUUCAGCGACGCUCUUUGGCGAUGGUUCCAAUUGCAAGGGGGUUUGGUUCCAUUCGUUUUGUAA